UUUACAGCUGCAUACUAGUGAAGAGCUGAGUGUUACAUAUUGAUAGUCUAUUGACUAUCUUUUUAUUUAGAGCAGAUAUGUCUGUCAUCACUAUUGUGGCACUUCUGGGUUUCCUGACCAUCCCUGAGGGUAUGAGUGUGGGGGAUCAAAUAGUGAAACCGCGAUGUCAAUGCAUCAAGUUGGAGAAACAGCCCAUUGGACGUCUCAUAGGAAUGUUAGAAGUGAACCCUGCUAACUCCUACUGCAAAAACGUUGAGAUUAUUGCAACUCUUAAAAAAGAUGGGAAUAAGAUAUGUCUGGACCCUAAUGCUCCUUGGGUCAAAAAAGUGCUUGACAGGAAACGAGCUGAGCAGACACCUUAAAGAGCUAACCCUCUCAGGUGGAAAGAAGGAGACAUAUUUUAACAUCACUGAAGUUCAGAGUUUCUUUUGCUUGAUGGCAGAGUUUCAUGAGGCAGUUACAAACCAACUUCUGAAUUUCUAGAGUGUCAACAAGAAAGGAGGCAUGUUGACAUGAAUGUACCUUUCAGAUUAAUAUGUUAAACAUCAUAUGAUUACUUUCUUUAAUAAGGCUUGUAAUAGCCAUUUUUGUGUCUCACCAUGUAAUGUUGAUCACAAUGGAGGACUAAGAACAACAACCAACCAAACAUGGUAGUGCAGACUGCAUAACAGGAUGACAUUCGACACAGCAGUGUACCGUCAGAUAAUGACUUUGUAAAUAAAUUGUGGUCUUAUACAAAC